AUGCCUAAGACGCACAACCUCAACGUUCACGAGCACCGCUACGAUGCUAACUUUUACGACACCAUGGCCACAAUUAUGUCGUUGCGACAGACAUAUAUAAAAGACCGAUUUAUCUUCGUCAAGGGAGAAGACAUGAUCCCAAUUCUCAAAGGCCUGGGAGCUAGGGACGCUGAUUUCGAACGCUUAAAGUCAAUUACCGACCAGACAAGCCCUGACCCGACUCUUGACUAUCGUGCUGCGUCUUUUGGUCGCUACUGUAUUGAUUUUGAGGCAAGAGACAUUCGGCGGUUAGAACCACAGCCAUACACGCUCACUGUUCAAGAGGACUGGAAACGUCACGAUUCUGCAGUUCGGAGGACCUUUGCCGAAACACCAGCUGAUAUGCAAGAGAAUACAGUGGUACAAGCGUUGAUGAUCUUCAAGGCCCUAGUGUUCCAAAAUGUAUCUAUCACUCCGCGUGAUCGGCUGGACUACUCCUCGCAGAGCUGGGUCUGCAUGAUGUUCAAUGGUCGAAUAGUCACCGAUAUCUCGAAAGGAAUCUUCGGUGAACCGGCUCUUGAAGGCGUUCACUCUGAUGGAUCGGAUCACACGAUAUCAGUUCUAUUGAGAUGUGAUAAUAUGAGGCCUGACAGUGCAGUUACCUUCCUGCACGACAAUGAAGAGACAACGGGGGUGCCCGUCUCAAAAGUGGAACCAGCUUUGAUCAAAGCACGAGUCCAGCAUCGUCACUUUCUUGAUACGCUACUCUUCGUUGAUCAUGACUACAAGCAUAGCGUAACAUCACUGCACCCGCUGUGUCCAUCAUCAAUUGCACUUCGUGACGUGCUAGUGGCGUUUACCCGCCGGCCAAAGAUGGAGGGGCAUAUUUCAGGAUAUAGUGACUCGAUGGCCCUGCACACCGAAUCGCCAAUGCAGAUUCCCUUAUGGCUUCCAGAACCUGCGACUUGA